AUGCCUCAAUUCAAGGAUGAGCAUAUUCUGCUCAUUGCGCCAGGCUCUCAAACUACCAUGGCGCAAUUGGGAUUGCCUGAAUCAUUUACCCCUGCUAGCCAUCGGUUCCCGACGCGCAUGUACCCCGCUGAAAAGAAAGGCGAGUUUGAACCAUUCAAGAUUCGCGAGCGAAAACGCGCGGCCCAGCAGCCCGCUCAAAGCAAUGGCCAGGGCAAGCCGGAUGUGGAGAUGACGGAGGCUCCAAAGGAAGAUGCAGGCAGCGCAGAAAAGACUGAAAAGCCAGAAUCAAAUGAGCAAGCUGCGCCCGCUGCUGCUGAUGCUGCUACGGCAGAGCAAGAGGCGGCAGAACCCAAGGAGGAAAUCCUGCUCGAUGAAGACAUCAUAUCUGAUGAAGGCGCUGUGUAUCCUAUCCAGAACGGCCAGGUUGUCGAUUGGCCAUGCUUUCUAGCCCUUCUUGAACACAUUUACAACACGCUCAGCCCACCUUUUCAUACGCCCAUCUUGAUUGUUUCUGAGCCCGCUUGGACGGCACGCGAUCGCGAGAUCUUGACUCAGUUUGUCUUUGAAAGGUUCAAGCCACCGGGUUUCAGUCUGAUAGAUUCUGCGCUGGCUGCCUGCUAUGCUUAUGGUACGAUCAAUGCUACUGUGGUUGACGUUGGCCAUGGCAAGGCAAAUGUUACCGCUGUUCUCGACUCGGUCGUUCAAGACCAUGGCCGAGGAAUUGCUCUGCAGGGCUGUGGAGGCGAGACUCUAACCGAUCGAUUGGAAGAGUUGCUGAAGCGUGAGGGCUUUACGAGAGAAAUGUGCGAGCAACUCAAACGCAGCAAUAUCACCGAGAUUCUCCCACCUGGAACCGCGUUGCCCGGGUCUAUCGCACCUACUACCCCGGACAUCAACCCGGCCUCUGCAGCGUCAACAGGCGCAACGGACGGAAACUCAGCAAAGGUGCCACGUGGCCCCGGACGUGGAACGCAGACUGAAACCAACGAGAAUGGUGACGAAGAUGAAGGCGUGCUUGAUGUUGCCGCAAUCGUCACGAGCGGCAAUACGAACGAGUUUCUCGCUAAACGCGAAAAGGAGAAAGUCACCUCAAAGAAAAACAGCGAACAGACAAACAAGGCGGCGCGUCUGCCGAAUUCGAAACGCGCAAAGGCAACCUUUCAGUUCGAGGAAUUUGUACGCAUCAACGACACUGCCCAGUAUAUGCGCCAAAGACGGGAGGUUGAGGUUGGCGUAGAGCGGUUCAUGCUGGCGACGGCGGGAAAGGAAAGAAAAGAGCGUGGCAGCAGUGGUAUUUUGGAGGAUCUCGCGGCCCAGAUUCAUCACACUAUUCUAUCUGUACCAGAUGCAGCUAAAAGAGCCGAUCUGUGGGAUAAUCUGAUUAUUAUCGGCAAUGGCAGCCGAAUCAGAGGAUUCGUUCCUGCGCUUCUGUCAACUAUCACCCAAAAAUAUAUCCUAUCCCCUUCAACAGGCAUCUUCACCUCCGAGCUGCCUUCUAACCUCUCCACGCCUCUAGCCACCGGUGGAACAAACACCCCAGCCAACCCGGGCCAGAACCCAGGUCCUCUCAACCACCCAGCUGCGCACGGCGUCAACCCACUCCUCGUUGCUGCAACGCACGCCAAUGCACCCACGCCGCCCACACCCAUGAAUGAUCCCAUGUAUAUGUCCAUGCACCGUUCAACAGGCCACUCACAGACCCCCACGGCCGUGAAAACCGUCAAGCCGCCAGACUAUUUCCCCGAAUGGAAGGACCAGGGGAGUACUAAUGCGCCGGGAGCGACUGGCGCCGGUGGAACGACUGCCGCAUCGAAUCCGACGGGUUCUCCGCGUCCUGGCAUGGAAGAAUCUGUCUUCCUCGGUGCUCAGAUCGCGGCUAAAAUGGUCUUUGUUAAUGACGGUCAAGGACAAUAUAAGGGCUAUCUUCCGCGGCCAGAGUAUAACGAGAGUGGCCCCUCAGCUAUCCAUGAGUUCGCGCUGGUCUAG